GAUCAGCCUGGAUGGUUCUCUCAAGAAAUUUUGUAGAAUUCUUCAUCCAAGGGUGGGAUAAUCUACCAAGAAUCCUCCUAAUGUACUACUCCAACUUCAUCUCCUCCUCCGAAUUCUACUUCCAAACCCUACUCUGCAACUCGCCGGAAUUCACCACCACCGUCAUCAACCAUGACCUCCGCUACAUCUCAUGGGAUAAUCCCCCCAAGCAGCACCCCCGCAACCUCGCCAGCGCCGACCUCCACAACAUUAUCAGCAGCAAAGCUCCCUUCGCUCGUAAAUUCAGAGUGAAUGAGUCUGUUCUCAGUCGGAUCGACGAAGAGUUCCUCAACCGGCACGGCAUUGGCGACGAGAAUUUUGUGCCGGGAGGGUGGUGCUCGGGAUUGCCGAUGUGUUCGGAAGUUGGCGAUGAGAGGAGGAUUGAGCCUGGAGCUGGAGCACGCAGGCUAGCGCAGCUCAUGGAUGGGUUACUUAAAUCCGAUAGAUUCAAGAGUAAUCAAUGUAGAUAAAUGAGACAUUAUUGUCGUGUUGCGACGAUGUUAUGUCAUCAUAUAUCUCGUCAUUUGUGGGUGACGUGACGUCCCAUGAGUGCUGGUCCGGACA